AUGAUCAAGAAGAAGACAAGUGCUAGCAGUAAAAAUCUGAGCGAGAUGGCUACUGCUGCUGUUCAGAGUAAUCAGUCUUCUUCAUCGUCAUCUUCAUCAUCAAAUGCAGCAAAUUUAGUACCACCAAGUAGUAGUAGUGGUUUGAAGCACAAGUAUCAUUUUAAAUUUGUGGUUAGUGCUUUGGAAAUCUUACCCGAAAAACCAACAACAUCAAAUAUUAAUAACAAUCACAUUUCAUCAAAGGAAGUCAAAAAAACAACAUCUAUUGGUACCUUCUUUAAACAAUUCACUGAAUCACCAAAGAUUCCUAGAACAGCAUUAUUGGAAUGGAAACGAAAUUCAAGAAAGAGAGGAAAACUUCCUGUUUGUAGAUUUCAAAAAUCCAUUGAUCAAAACAAACCAGACCACUUCAUCUUUUAUACAAGGGAUGAAAAGGCUUUCGAAUUCAAUACAAGAUUGACAACAACCACUUCUACUUCCUACGGUUACAAGGAUAAAUUUUUGAGAAUGUCUCUUGAGCAAUUGCAGGAUGAAGCAUUUACUGCUUCCCCAGCUUCUAAACUGCUCACAUCAAAGAAGAGAAUUUGUGAGGAGGAAAUUAAUUUGGCAGAAGCUGUAUCAAUGAAUGCAAUGGAAAGAAGUCUUGUUUUAAUGGAAAUUACACAAAAUGGCCUUUCUCAAAUCGAGUCAACAAUUGCUGCUAAAAAGCUAAAAAAGAAAACAGGAAUCUUUCCGAUUAAGUUAGGAGGAGAUGACCAAGACCAGGAAAUUGUGGCCUAUCUCGUUUUGAGAUAUACUAUCAGUUGUUCAACAAACGACACCCAACCUAACCUAUCAACAAGUAUGGUAUCUAAUGACAUCACUGAUGAUACUGAAGUGAGUAUGACAGAACCAGAAGUUUCCGAUGAUGAAGAGGAUGAAGAACCAUUCAAAAGUCCUAGAAUUCUAGGAACAACUCCUCGUUCAGAGUACAAGGAUAAUGUAAAUACACCUUUCGGAUCACCAAGCCAACAAGAAAUUUUCCAAAAGCCAGUGGUGAAUGAAGUUGAAAACAAUUCACUUCAAAAAACACAAAAUCAAUCAAGUAACAAUUUGGAAUCAAUUACUCAAACAAAUGGUAGCACUGAAAAGAAAAUUGAAACGGAACAACCAAGUAUCAUUGUAGAAUCAAACACGAAUAAUACUAUUGUGGAAAAUGUCCAAGAAUCAACAGUUAGUUCCGAAAAGAUUGAAAACCCACUUGCAAAGACUGAAGAUGAGGGAUCUAACUUUUUCCUUCUCGAUGAAGAGGAAGAGCAGGAGGAACCAAAGCAACUGGAACAAUCUCCAGUUAUGAUAAUGGAAAUGCCAACAAUGACAACAACAGAGGAACAAAAAAUCGACCCUUCUCAACCACCAUCACAAGAGCCUCAACAAGAACCAGAAGAAAUUGAGGUUGUAGAACAAGUACCUGAAUCAACUAGUCUUCCUAUUGAAGAGAAUGUCACAGAGACUGUCACACCUCAACAAGAAGAACCAGAAAAACCACAAAUCACCCCUUCCCAAGUUGAAGUUGAGUCACCAAAGAAAGAUAGUAUGAUUGUAGUGCAGAAGGAACCUGAAGAAUCUCAAUCAUUCUUAGAUUUGAGUGAUGAAGAAGAAGAAGAAGAAACCAAACCUGAACAAAUUAACGAGCCAAUUAGUGUAAAUACAACUCAAUCAAUCAGUUCAACAGUAGAGGAAGAGCCUUUGAAGGAAGAACCAGGACUUGAUGAAAAACCUCUCACUAUUGAGACAUCAGAAAAGCAAAGUGAAGAAGAGUCUGAUUUUGAUAUCAUUCUUUCUCCAUACGAAGAGUCAAAUUCUACUAACGAUGCUAACCUGGCCACUAAUGUAGUACAUAAACCAGAAGAGCAAAAACCAGUCGAAGAAACUCAACCUAUUGCAGAUAUCAAAACUUCUGAUAUUGUCAAUAAGGACUCGACAGAAAAGUUGCUCACCCCUGAAGAUCAUCAUGAUCAUUCCUAUUCUAGCGAUGAAGAUAUGUUUACUCCUGUAUAUAGUUCCAACAAUAUUUACGAAUCAAAAAUUCCAGAUGUUGAAGAGCCAACAAUCCCAAAACCUAACAAUCUUCACACCAAGAUAAUUGAAAGUGUUCUAAAUGAAAACAAGGCAAACGAAGAGACUGAAUCACUUACAUCUUCAGAAUACAAUGAGAUACAAAGAGACUAUAGCGAAGCACUUAUAGUACUUGAUUUACAAAAGCAAAAAAUUAUUGAGCUGGAAAACUAUUCAAAUUCAUUCCAUCCAUUGGUUGUUUCAUUGAUUUGGGGUUUAAUUUGCUCCUUGUUGUACUCUGUUUCACAAGUAGAGGUUUCAGCCAUUAGACCAAUUUUGGUUGCUACAUUCUACACUAUAGUAGUAUACUUUGGUGUACAAUUAACUCGUGCCAUGAAGUUCUAUAGCUAUGGAACUCAUUUGACUAAUUACCUUAAGGAAAUAAGAUUUUUGAAAAAAUUAGAAUCCAUGCCAAAGAAGGAUAUUGGAACACUUGGCAACUAUCUCAAGAAAUACAUUACUAGCGAAGACUUUAGAUUUUUGGAUGAUAUUUUCAGAUCAGCAUCUUGGGGAGCCCUCUUUGCUCUAGUAGCUCUCAUCUUGAAAGCUCUAUUCAGUUCGGGUGACGAACAACCAAAUCUUGGAGAUGAUAAUGCUAUUUACAGAUUUUUCGUUAGUGGAAUUCUUUACAAGUGUUUGUACAGAUCUGUAACAGAGGAAUUAUUUGAAAGGUUAUUCUGUUUGCUGCUUUCUGUUUUUAUCUUUAAUGAAUUCAAUUUGACCAUCAAGAUCAAGUACAUUAUUGACAAGUAUACAAAUCCAAAGCAUUCAGAUCAGUUCAGAAACUUGGCCGAUUUUGAAAAACAACAACCAAAGCCAAUCAAAUCUGGUAAGGCUGUCCUAUCCCUACCUCAUUAUUCAAGUGUUAUUCUUGCCACCAUUAUUUCUACAAUAUUUUCUAUUGGACAACCGGCACGUCACACAUACACAACAGAUAGCUUUAUUUUUGACAAGUUAUUAGGAUCUUUUGUUUAUUCUUACAUGUUUGUUGUACAAGAGAAGGUUGAAUUGUGUAUGGUUGCCCACUUUACCAAGAAUUUGAUUGAUGUAAUUUUCAGUUAUUAUUAAAUAUCUUUUUAAUUG